GAUGGAGGGAGGGGUAGGGGUAGGGGUAGGCUGGUUUGCAUUGAUAUGUAGGUGGGUGCUGGGCUUCGAACUUUAUUUCUUUCUUUGCCUUUUUAUUUCUCUCUUCAUCUUCUUCAUCUCUUUCUUCUCUCACCCAAUUCGGUGUAAACUACCUAUCGUACGAGAUGUCGACGUACAAUGAUGGAACGGGAGAGGUGGAUAUCAUCUUCGCGGGUGGUGGGACGGCUGCUUGUGUUGCAGCUGGUAGAUUAGCUAAAGCGAACCCGUCGUUGAAGAUUCUCUUGGUUGAAGGAGGGAGGAACAAUUUCGAGGAUCCGACUGUUACCAAUCCGGCUGUGUACUUGAGCCAUCUGGCUCCGGAUUCGAAGACUGCUUUGUUCUACAAAUCGAAGGCUUCAAAACAUCUCAAUGACCGCGAAGCGAUCGUCCCUAUGGGCGGUAUCCUGGGUGGUGGUUCCUCCAUCAAUUUCAUGAUGUAUACCCGUGCCCAGGGAGUGGAUUUCGACUCCUUUGAAACUGAGGGCUGGUAUGCUAAGGAUAUGCUCCCUCUUGCCAAGAAGCUUGAAACUUUCCAUCCGAAGGGAGACGGGUUCGAUCCUGAGAAACAUGGUUAUGAUGGACCUGUCCACAUCUCGGACGGUGGUUACAGAUCUAAGAGUGCGGAUACCUUUGUGGAGACUGUGAAGGGGAUGGGGUAUGGUGUUAUUGAUGAUCUCCAGGAUUUUGAGGCUGUGGGAGGUUUCUCAAAAUGGCAUCGCUACGUUGGUUUAGAUGGGAAGAGACAAGAUGCCGCUCAUCGAUACGUCCACCCUCUCCUCCAAGACGGUCAACACCCCAAUCUCCACAUCCUCCUCGAAUCCAAAGUCGUCAAAGUCCUCUUCGACGAAUCCUCGCCACCCAAAGCCGUUGGAAUCGAAUACAAACCAAACUACGAACACCAACCCAACAUCUCACUCUCCAAGCCCAUCCACAAAACCAUCAAAGCCACCAAACUCGUCGUAGUCUCAGCCGGCGCUCUUGGAACGCCGCAAAUCCUCGAGCGAUCUGGUGUUGGAAACCCAGAGUUGCUAAAGAAGUUAGACAUCCCAGUCAUUGCAGACGUCCCAGGAGUCGGCGAACAAUACCAAGAUCACCAUCUCUUGCUGUACCCCUACAAGACGACUCUAGGCGAAGAAGAAACCAUCGACGGUAUCCUCAGCGGUCGCAAAGACUUCGUCAAAGCCCUCGGAGACAAAGAUCCCAUUCUCGGCUGGAACGCCAUCGACAUCUGCGCCAAACUGCGCCCCUCCGACACCGAAAUCGCCUCCCUAGGCCCCUCCUUUCAAAAAGACUGGGACUCCUUCUUCGUCCCCCACCCCACCCGUCCCCUCAUGCUCUGCGGCCAAGUCUCCGCCUUCCUCGCCGACCCCUCGCUCGUCCCCGCCGGCCAGUACAUCACCAUGGGCACCUACACCGCGUACCCCUUCUCCCGUGGCUCCAUCCACAUCACGUCCCCCGACAACGUGCUCGACGGCUACGACUUCGACACCGGCUUCCUCAGCGACGCGAAUGGCUCCGACCUCAAAGCCCAAGUCUGGGCUUACAAGAUGCAGCGGGAAAUUUGCCGUCGUCUCCCGUAUUAUAACGGCGAACUCGAGCUCGGACACCCGAAAUUCAAAGAAGGUUCGAAGGCGACGUUGAGUAAGGGCAAGCUUGAAGGAGAAGUGAGGGAUAUUGUGUAUAGCGAGGAAGACGAGGCCGCGAUCGAGGAUUGGGUGAGGGGGAAUCUGAAUACGACGUGGCAUUCGUGCGGGACGUGCGCGAUGAGGGAAAGGGAGAGGGGAGGCGUGGUGGAUGGGGAGUUGAGUGUUUAUGGGACAAGGGGGUUGAAGUGUGUGGAUUUGAGUGUGAUUCCGGAGAAUGUGGGGGCGAAUACUAAUAAUACGGCGUUGGUGGUUGGGGAGAAGGCGGCGGUUAUUAUUGGGCGGGAGUUGGGAGUUGAGGUGUAGGUUAGGAGGGAGGAGGAGGAGUUUGGGAUUUAGUUAGAGAAUGGUGUGUUUGUUUGAUGAGAUUAAGUUCUGUUUUCUGCUCAGCAAGAGGGAUGAAGAUGUGACGUGAGAUCAAUGUUACUAGGUAACUAGCACGAAUGGUUGAGAUCAAUAACAAGUCUUCUGGCAGGCAGCAGGGGUUUGACAAUGAAUAAGCG